GAACUCCCGCGAUAACUAAUAAUCGACCGUUGAGCUCAAAUCACAAAGUUCCGGUUCUUGGGUCAGAACGAGAACCGGAGCGCAACAAACCUUUUCACUUUUUGCUCCGUAUGCAAACGUACCUCAUUAAAGUUGAAGGAAAACUCCGUCUUUGUUUGCCGUGCCGAUGCUUCCCUCUAUGAUUUUAACAAGCGUCACCAGAACGAACCAGUGAACCGAAUCGCCGAUUCCACCCGGACACAUUAGCUUGCGCGCCUGGACGCUGUUGCCGUGACAACUCAAACAGCCGAGCACGUACACUUCUGCCUGUAGUUUAUAUUAACAUUGUUUUGAUAAAGAACACACGAUGGAUGCACCAGACGAGUCUCUCGUGAAAUACGACCAUCCACUUUUUGUUGCCAAAAAAAAAGACGAGAAAUCAGACAAGCCAAAAGCAGCAGCCGCUGAUAUCUCCAGGCAGGGAAGUCGGGAGAUCCUGAACUUUAUCUUUCCACCAAGGGAGUUGAUGGAGGGAAACAAACUGUGGGUGCAGCAGGUGUCCAUUGCACCUUCCACCGUAAGAGACGUUAUUUGCCUCAAGGAACUGCUGGAGGUGAAGCUGCAGCAGUCGCAGGCCAUGGAAGUAGGACUUUGUCCUCAGCGCAUGGGGCUCUAUUCCCAGUGCUUCGAUGAGCUGAUCAGACAGAUUACCAUCAUCUGCACUGAGAAGGGUUUGUUGCUCCUGAGGGUCAGAGAUGACGUUCAAAAGACUUUUGCUGCCUACCAGAAACUGUUUGAGAGCGGCUACGCUUUUGGAAUGAGGAAAGCCUUGCAGGCUGAGGUGGACAAGAAGGACAGGAGCAAAACGAUAUCUGAUCUGGAGGAGGAGAACGAAGAACUGAAAAAGGAAGUGAACAAGCUGAGAGCUUUGAAUGAAACUACUGAAAAGAGAAACAACGAAAGGAGGCAAACGAGGAGUAAGGAGCACAAUGAAGAGAUUAAGUUACUGGAGAAAUCCAACAAGCAGCUCAAGAAACAACUGGAAGAGAUCAUACAUACUGUACAUGUAUGAACAUAUACACAAACACAAAUAUAUAUAUAUACAUAUGCUGCUGCUCCUUGUCUUCCCCCGAGAUGGCAUCUUGAUUGUGAGGCUGUUCCUCCAGCACAUCCUCAGCUGCCUCAGAUAUGUUACCGUUAUAUUGUUAAAUCCUAAUGAAAUAAAUGGUUACGUUAAAACUUG